AUGCCAAAUGAAGGCGACAAUGAGCAAAAAUCGCCUGGAAGUACAAAUGAAGCAGAACUGGCAUCAAGUCCGAUAGCUGCAAGCAGUGAGGAGAAUCGCACAGCUCCAGCGAUGUCACAAUCUUCUUGCGAUAUCAUUAACACGGCGAAUCAGAAUCAGCUUGAACAGAAACAGUCAAAUGAUUGUUCGAUGGCACAACAGGAUGCGGCACAGAUCGUCAACCAGGAAUGCAGUAAAUCUACCGAUGAACAAAAUGGAUGUGACACCGAAAAGACAGCACAAACUUCGAUUGAAAACCCCAUGGAAACAGAAACGACAUCAGCAAACGAAGCCGUUAAGAGUGAAUCGGAUCAACCGGAUCAGCCACGAAAGAAGACCAAGGAGGAGAAGAAAGAAGAAUAUAAACCACCACCAUUGGAUGAGCCAUUGGGAACAUGGCGAAAAGUUUUGAAAGACGUUUGGGUGGCUGACAAUAAGGACAUGAAGGUGAGAGCUCGUAAAGCUCGUUUAAUGGUUUCGCGAUUUGAGGUAUUGGCUUAA